UGUGUAUGCAGAGCAAGAACAAAAGAUGACCAAAAACCACUGGCAAAAAUCCUGAAAUUUAUGGAUAAAAAGUACAUGUCUUGUGCUUCACUUAGAUUUGAAAACUUUAAAUUUGAAAUUUUGGCAAAUGGAUCAUUUUAAUAAAUUUGAGAACCUAUCAUCAGUUUUUCUAAGAAACUGCAGUAUAUUGCAGAUUGAAACAGGGGCUUUUAAAAGUAACAGUUUGCAAACUCUCAAUAACAUAACAAUAAAUAUUGAACUGAAUCCUAUAAGGUACAUUGAACCCGGAACUUUUGACCUCUCCAAAUCAUGGAGACAGCUGCUACUUCGUCAAAAUGAGAAUUUGGGAACAGAAAAUAUUCAAACAGUUUUUAAUGACCUACAAAAUAAAACAGUGGAGACUUUGGAAAUAAAAACAUGUGGAAUUUUCCUGAGGGAAUUAGAUAAAUCCUUUUUUGAACCAUUACGGUAUUCCAGUAUUAAAAGGUUGAAUAUGGCAGGUAACUCUUUCGGAAUUGUGGCAUCUGAUGCAUUUGAACCAUUGGCAGCAUCCCUUGAUACCCUAGUUUUGUGGAACUUUAUGUACAUAAGAAAAGACACAUUCAAGGUAUGUCGACACCUGAGAAAUUUGAACCUUGGUGGUUUCACAGUAACUGCAAGUCCAGACGCCCGACCAUUACACCUAAAUAAUUUAACACAGUUAAAAAUUCUAAAUAUCAACUUAAAGGGUUCUGGAUAUGUGAUACUUGACAUAUAUGGUUUGGAUAAUUUGUAUGAGUUGCAUGUUACAAACACUUAUGAUUCUGGAAUAAUGAGAACUGUCAUUAAACUUCUGGACACUUCCAAACUUCUGAAGCAAUUAGACUUGUCAGGAAAUUCACUUUUCACAUAUCCAGAUAACAAACUUUGUCAACUUUCUGAAGAUCGAGUCAAUCUCAAUUUUCUGUCACUGAAAAACAACUUCUUUUCCCAUAUUCCUCGAUGCAUGUUUAAAGGUCUGUAUAAUCUACAGAAUCUGAACCUUCGAAACAAUUUACUCAGAAUCCUAGAAAGGGAUCUCUUCAAGGAUUUACAUAGUUUAAGCAUGUUGGAUUUGUCUCAGAAUGCAAUAACUUUUAUUGACUCAAGCAAUGUGGAAAUAAUGACACCUUAUCAAGGGCAUGUGAUAUUGUACGUGCAAAACAAUAACUUUGAUUGUAACUGUCAACUAAAAGACCUUCGUAAUUGGCUUACAAUGAACCUCAUGCAAAAGCGAUAUAUUUUCAAAUAUGUACAUGUAAAUUGUUCAACACCAUCCAAUAGGCAAACUGAAUAUAUCCACAAUUUCACAAUGACCUGGCUGGAGUGUAAUACAAAGCUAGUUGUAGAAGUUUCAUCAAUAAGUGGAAGUUUAAUUUUACUUGUUACAGUUGUGGCACUUGUGCUACUGAAACAUUUCUGGAAGGAUAUUGAGUACAGGAAAAUGGUCAUUUUAGCCCGCAAACAUGAACAAGAUUUAAAUAUAGAUGGUCUUCUUAUAGAACAUGACGCUUUUGUUAGUUACCAUAGUGAAAAACAAUUAUGGGUUGAGAAUGAUUUAUGUAAGGAACUUGAGAAUGGAUUGGAUAUCAAGUUCAAACUGAUUUAUGAUGAUCGAAUAAUGCCUGGUGGUUCAUUAUUCACCUCACUGGGAAUGGCAAUACAUACCAGCAGGAAGAUUUUAUUUGUGGUGAGUCGUGGUUGGGUGAAAGAUGGCAUGAAUCAAUUUGAGGUUGACAUGGCUCUCGCCAAACUCCUAGAUGACUACAGGGACAUGAUCAUAGUUCUACUGAUGGAACACAUCCCUAAAGCUGAGAUGCCUGACAAAGUAAAGAUGAUUAUAAAGCACAAUAAUUGUUUUAGAUGGAGCAACAAUGAGAAGAAACAAGCAAAGUUCUGGAGGGAUCUCAAAUUGGAGCUAGGGAAACAUCACUUUGAGAUACCAAUACAGGAAGCUGAUUGAAUAAUGACAAUGCUGUGCAGGGGCGAAGCCAGCUUUCAGUCAGGGGGGUGUGAUCGCCCCAAAAAUUCAGUUUUCAGUCAAGGGGUGCGAUUGUGGCAUAAACAGCCCAAAAAUUAAGAUUUAUCUUGAAUUUUACAUU